AUGGGCUAUAAGCUUCAAAAUAUCAUAAAAAUUAGCCUCAAUCUUAAUAACCUUAGUGGACAUGUUCCAAGCUAUAUCUCCAAUUGUUCUAAACUAGAAGGCUUAUUCCUCGAAAUGAACAGUUUUAGUGGCCCAAUUCCUAACUCUUUGGGAGAAUUAAAAUUUUUGGAAGAAUUGACGAUAUUCGUUAACAGGUUGACAGGCGAAUCCUCUUCAACAGGGGUCAAUUUUUUGACUUCAUUGGCAAAUUGUAAAUACUUGAGAAAACUAGGGAUAGCUGUUAAUCCUCUAAAUAUUGUCCUACCAAGUUCCUUUGGUAAUCUCUCCAAUUCCCUUGAGCUCUUUGUUGCAUUUGGUUGUAAUUUAAAGGGCAAAAUUCCAAACGAAGUUGGUAAUUUAAGUAGUCUCAUGCAACUAGACUUAUCCCAAAAUGAAUUGACGGGAGUUGUUCCUAGAGCAAUAAGAGGUCUAAACCAACUUCAAAUGUUGAACCUUGGAAACAAUAAACUAAGUGGGUGUUUGCCGAAUAGCAUUUGUAAUUUGAAAUACUUGGACAGUUUGAAUUUAAGUAAAAAUCAUAUUUGGGGUUCUAUUCCUGAGUGCAUGGGGAAUGCUACUUUUUUAAGAGAGAUCUAUCUACCCUUUAACAGAUUGAGUUUUAACAUACCAUCAAGCCUCUGGAAGCUUAAGGACCUCUUGAAACUUGAUUUGUCUUCAAAUUUCUUGAAUGGCUCUUUACAUCCAGAGAUUGGAAACAUAAAAGCUGCAAUAUACAUCAAUCUAUCAAGGAAUCAUUUUUCUGGCUAUAUUCCAACUACCAUUGGAGGUUUGCAAAGUUUGAUAAACUUUUCCUUAGCUAAUAAUCUUCUACAAGGAUCUAUCCCUGAUUCUUUUGGAAGCAUGAUUAGUUUGGAAUACUUGGAUUUGUCAAAUAACAAUCUGACAGGAGGGAUUCCUAGGUCCUUAGAGAAGCUCCACUAUCUCAAAGGUUUUAAUGUAUCUUUCAAUAGGUUAAGUGGAGAAAUCCCCAGCAAAGGCCAAUUUGUAAAUUUCACUUAUCAAUCUUUUCUGUCCAAUGAAGAUUUGUGUGGUUCUCCAAGGCUAAAAGUGCCACUUUGCAAUGUGCAUUCUAAUUCGCAUCCAUUCAUAAGGAGAGCACUUCGGAUUGUAUUCAUCUUUAUGGCUAUGUUAAUAGUGGGAAUCUCGGUGAUUAUACUUUUAUUAUGGAAAUGCAAAAGUAAAAAUUCCACUGCGGCCAAUGAGGUUAACUUUUUACAAGAAAUAGUGCCAUUGAGAAUUUCAUACUAUGAACUUCAAAGAGCAACUCAAGGGUUUAGUAGUAAUAACUUGCUAGGGGCCGGAAGCUUCGGUUCUGUUUACAAGGGCACUUUUGAAAAUGGGUUACUCUUUGCCGUCAAGGUCUUUAAUUUGCAAGUUGAAGAUGCAUUUAAGAGUUUUGCUACUGAAUGUGAAGUUUUACGCAAUCUUCGUCACAGAAAUCUCACGAAGGUGAUAAGUGCUUGCUCUAAUAUUGAUUUUAAAGCACUCAUACUUGAGUACAUGCCUAAUGGUAGUUUAGACAACUGGUUGUACUCUGACAGGCAAUCUUUGCAAAUCAUGCAAAGAUUAAACAUAAUGAUCGAUGUGGCAUGUGCAAUAGAUUAUUUGCACCAUGGUUACUCAAGUCCAAUUGCUCAUUGUGAUUUAAAGCCAACCAAUGUUUUAAUAGAUGAAGAUAUGAUGGGACAUGUAAGUGACUUUGGCCUUGCGAAGUUACUUGGAGACGAUGAAUCAGUUGCUUAUACCAUAACCAUGGCCACAAUUGGAUACAUUGCUCCAUGUGAUGAUUAG